UCGUUUCAUAUUUUUCCUUCCCAUUGUGGCUCUCCACCAACUGCAUCACAUUCCUCUACAGCUAUUUCGCCAAUUUCAACACACCAAGAUUACUACACGUCUAAAGAAAAUUAUUAUAAUAUUCCAUCACCCAGUCCUAUUUAUCAUGGAUCCAAUCGUUUUUCAACGUCAAGAUACCCUUCAGUUGUUUAUACUCACGAAAAUGGUCCUCGUACAAGAAUCAUACAAGCGCAGUCUGGUUCCAUUCCUCUUAGUGAUUCCGAGUCGGACGAUGAGGGACGCUGGGCCGUUGUUUGA